AUGAACAAUCCUCACGAGGAGGUGCAGUUGGCCUUGAUUACGCGGAUAGUUAACAACAUGAAAUCGCUUAAUGAGUCUGUUUCCGAUAUGAAUUUGACUUUAAACGAGAUCAACAACAAGAAUAAAGACGUGGAGGCACUUACCAGAAUGUGGCAUAACUAUGCCAAAAGCACGGAGUAUCAUUUGGAGACUACGGGCCAGACCCGAGACCCGCUUUAG